AUGCGGGAUACGCAGGGGCAAAGAAGUACACAUAUAGAAGAAGAGGAUGCAUCCUCGUCUCCAUCUGCAGCACAGGAGGAGGAGGAAGAUGUUCGCUCGGACUUCUUUGCCGAUUUUGAUCAGCAGGCGUUCCUUGCUCAGCUAGAUGAAUUUAACGCGAGCCUUCAGCAGCAGGCUAGGGCGGCCACACCUGCUGUGCAGAGACAAACUGCCACGGAAUCUACACCUCACCAAUCAAGCACAAAGGCACCGCCGUCCCUACAGCAGCAGUCACAGCAGCAGCCUGAGUCGUCCGAAUUUUAUGGGACAGCCAUUCAAAUUCUGACGCAUAUUCUUGGAAGCUCAACGCCGUACCCUUGGCUUACCGAUGCCACACCCCGUGCCGAGGACAGUCACACACCACGCUGGGAUUUACCACCGUCAAGCCCAAUGUCGGUCCCCUCUUCGAAAGUGGACAUGCAGCAGCUGAUCAAUACGCUGGUACAGCGAUUAGGCGGUCCAUCCUCGUCGUCCCAUCGCGUACGUGAACAGGAUUUGACCCAACUCUUGCAAACUCUGCUCGCCCAACAGCCGCCGUCGCAAACGCCAUCGCAGGCAUCGCACACGCAGCCUGUAUCUGCCACUCAACAGAACCGGCCAUUGAAGUACACAUACCCGGCAUCGUCCAUGUCAGUGCUGCCAGCCUCGUCAGAUCUAAAUGCUGUAAUGACACAGGCCCCUAGCUCGCCCAACAAUGCCGCAUCGACGUAUCCGAUACCCACAGAAGCACAUUUUGCUGAUCUCACAUUCCCCGACGACGAGGAUGACGAUCCUGAUUUCUUGCCUGCGUCCAAUGAGGCAGACGAUAUACCCCCUGUGCCAAGUGCGUCGGCUUGGUCGCUUGCGAUGGAAGAAGUAGCGCCUGCCCAUGGAACGCGGGCUCGACGACGUGAAGCUUCGCUGUCGCCUAUGAAGACGAAACGUGGACGUCCACGGCAAUUCACGGCAGAAGAAGCUAUGGAACGCAAGCGUGGCAGAAACCGCGAGUAUAUGGCACGUCAACGUGAGAAGAAGCUUGGCAGCAAAGGCCCAGUGCCUUUGCCAACUGCCGAACCACGGGACAAUGACAAAGAUAGAUUGGUCCUUGAAGCUGAGAACAGGUUUCUACGAGCUGAAUUGGAGCGAUUGCGCGAAGAAAAUGCACAGUUACGUGGCCGAGAAGAAAUGCGGGCGUAUGCAGCCCGAAUGGGUUUAGAGGGACAUGUAGGUCGAUAG